CGUUCCCUACACGUUCUCUUUCAACGAAAAUUCAAUAAUCAUGAGUUCUUUAAAACUCCAGAAAAGGCUGGCCAGCAGUGUCAUGAAAUGUGGCAAAAGAAAGGUUUGGUUGGAUCCAAAUGAGGCUAGUGAAAUAGCAAAUGCAAAUUCAAGGCAAAAUAUUAGAAAACUGAUUAAAGAUGGCUUGAUCAUUAAAAAGCCUCAAAUUGUACACAGUCGUUCUCGUGUCAAAAAAGCUGAUGAGGCUCGCCGAAAAGGACGUCAUAUGGGACAUGGCAAAAGGAAGGGUACAGCGAAUGCUAGGAUGCCUGAAAAAGUGAUUUGGAUGAGGCGUAUGAGAGUUCUACGUCGUCUUCUUCGUAAAUACAGGGAGUCAAAAAAGAUUGACCUUCAUAUGUACCAUGUUUUGUACUUAAAGGCAAAAGGAAAUGGAUUUAAAAACAAAAGGGUGCUCAUGGAGUAUAUUCAUAAAAAGAAAGCUGAGAAGGCGAGAGCAAAAUUACUUAGUGAUCAAGCUGAAGCACGUCGACAGAAAUCAAAGGCAGCGAGAGAACGAAGAAUGGAAAGGGUUGCAGAGAAACAAAAAGAACUUCUUAAAUCUGAUGAUAAAUAAGUAUGGUUUCUCAAAAAGAAAUAAAAUAAAGAAUGUCA